GGCCGCCGCCCGCCGCCGGGACUCUGUGGCCGCCGGCGUCCGGGUCCCCGAGGGCUGUCCCGCGUUGCUGGUGCCCCUGGCGCCGCCGUCGUCUCGUAGCGCAUGGGCCUCCUCCGAGGCGGGCUCCCAUGCGCUCGGGCCAUGGCGCGCCUGGGCGCUGUGCGCUCUCACUAUUGCGCGCUGCUGCUGGCCGCGGCGCUGGCCGUCUGCGCCUUCUACUACCUCGGCUCUGGCCGGGAGACCUUCUCCAGCGCCACCAAGAGGCUGAAGGAGGCCCGCGCCGGCGGCCCCGCCGCGCCCUCGCCGCCCGCGCUAGAGCUGGCGCGGGGCUCGGUGGCGCCAGCCCCUGGCGCUAAGGCCAAGAGCUUGGAGGGCGGCGGGGCCGGGCAGGUGGACUACCACCUGCUGAUGAUGUUCACCAAGGCGGAGCACAAUGCAGCGCUGCAGGCCAAGGCCCGCGUCGCGCUGCGGUCACUGCUGCGCCUCGCCAAGUUCGAGGCGCACGAGGUGCUUAACCUUCACUUCGUGAGCGAGGAGGCCAGCCGCGAGGUGGCCAAGAGCCUGCUGCGGGAGCUCCUGCCGCCCACCGCUGGCUUCAAGUGCAAGGUCAUCUUCCACGAUGUUGCUGUGCUGACAGACAAGCUCUUCCCCGUCGUGGAGGCCAUGCAGAAGCACUUCAGCGCUGGCUCGGGGACCUACUACAGCGACUCCAUCUUCUUCCUCUCAGUGGCCAUGCAUCAGAUCAUGCCCAAAGACGUCCUGCGGAUCAUUCAGCUGGACCUAGACCUGAAGUAUAUGACCAACAUCCGGGAGUUGUUUGAGGAAUUUGACAGUUUCCUGCCAGGCGCCGUCAUCGGCAUAGCCCGGGAGAUGCAGCCAGUAUACAGGCACACGUUCUGGCAGUUCCGCCAUGAGAACCCCCAGACCAGGGUUGGGGGCCCGCCCCCCGAGGGGCUGCCGGGCUUCAACAGCGGGGUGAUGCUGCUGAACCUGGAGGCCAUGCGCCAGUCCCUGCUCUACAGCCGCCUGCUGGAGCCUGCGCGGGUGCAGCAGCUGGCCGACAAGUACCACUUCCGCGGCCACCUCGGGGACCAGGACUUCUUCACCAUGAUCGGCAUGGAGCACCCCAAGCUGUUCCAUGUGCUGGACUGUACCUGGAACCGGCAGCUGUGUACCUGGUGGAGGGACCAUGGCUACAGUGACGUCUUCGAGGCCUAUUUCCGGUGUGAAGGCCACGUCAAGAUCUACCAUGGGAACUGCAACACCCCCAUCCCGGAGGACUAGGUGCACCCCCUGCUCUGCCCUCGGGGCCUCCCGAUCUGGGGGAAGGACGGGGCUCCUUGGGCCAGACCCGUGGGCAGUGUCUGACCCGCUAGAGAGACGCUCCAGGACGUCCUGAGAUCAAGGUGCUGAACCCUCCUGCUGGGUGGGUCACUGUGCUGAGGCCACCCGCUGAGGACUGGCCUGUGCGCUGCUGGUGCUGGAGACCUUAUUCCUCCAGGGAGCAGGUGACAUGAAGGACAAAUGCAUGGGCAUCUUCCAUUGGGCCAGGAAGCAAGCAGCCGAAGAGAAGGAAGGGGAGGAAAGGCUGCCCCUUGCUGUCUGCCUCUGAAGAAUGGAACUCCUUUAAGACCCGACCUUUCUUGGACUUAUAACUUUAUGUUGACAGGCUUCCAUUGUUUGAGAAAGUACAAACGAUACUGCUUUAGCACCCAUCGAGCCCCAGAGGGGUAAGGUAAGCCAAGGUUUUAACGACCAGCCCAGUAUUUAAGCGUCCAAACAAUGCCGGCCCAUCACACAUUCACCCUGGAAGGCUGUGCGCGUAUUCUCCUGACGCUCACGUCACUUGGCAUAGGUUUUGAGAUCACCUCUUUAGGGAAGGACUUCAGGACCAACCGGGGCCUGCAUAAGAAAACUUACCUCAUUAUUAGAGCACUCACAGCUUUUAUCUCCCGGCUACAUCCCAGAACCCCAUUAUCCUUUAUUCAACCAGCUCCAGGUGAGACUAUCUGAAAGCAACCCGUCAUCAAAGAACAGAGAUUGGCCACCACAAGGACAUGCAGGAGAAUCAUCUGGACUGGGAAGACUCAUUCCAAAAAAGAGCCCAGGCCACGCACAGGGGUCACACCUGUAAUCCCAACACUUUGGGAGAUCGAGGUAGGAGGAUUGCUUGAGCCCAGGAAGUCGAGAUCAGCCUGGGAAAUACUGUGAGACCCUCACUGCUACAAACAAAAAUUAAAAAUCAGCCAGGUGUGGCGGCUUGUGCCUGUAGUCCCGACUUCUUGGAAGGCUGAAGUGGGAGGAUGGCUCGAGCCCAAGAGGUCACCUCAGUGAGCUGUGAUCAACACCACUGCACUCCAGCCUGGACAACAGA